AUGGUAAAUCUCAAGUGUUUCACCGCCCUGCUGACAAUGAGCGUUCUGACCACUGCCGCCCCCUCUCCCGCCGCGGAUGCUGAAGAGGCCAAUGUCCCAUCCGACUGGAAUGACGUGAUCAGCUCGAUUCGCAACCGGGCUGCUUGGUCUUGCACUGGGUAUGACCCAUAG